GGAGGCAAUCAUUUCGAACAUUGCUGUGCGCAUGUUCACAUUUUGGGCUCUGUUUGUAUGUGAUCAAUAAAUGAAUUCUGUUGCUGCAAGGCUAAUGUCACUUGGAAGGCACAAGAAAAGUGUCGCUCGAUAGUUUGUAAAUUGUUCGAUAUCAGACUAUCCGAAAAUAUCUCAUGCGUCAAUAGUACCAGUGAAAUCAAUCAGGAAGUGUAAAUUAAUCAUUUGAAAAAUAUCUUUUUAAAUUUUCACUCACUUGCAAUUUAUUGUGGGAGCUGUAGUGAACAAGUGCAUGUAUUGAUUCUUCUGCGUAAAUUUGCCACAAGUGAGCUUAUCGUUUGAGUUUGCUUGUGUUAUAAUACAAGCAACAGCAACUACAUUAAGUGAGAAAUUGCAGAUAAAUUUGUUUAAAAAAACUACCCAAAGCUAAUUAUUCUACAGAACGGUUGCUGCUUGUUGCUGAGUUAACACAAAUGGCUGCCGGAGACCCAAAAUGGCAAAAAGAUGCCUCGGACCAAAACUUCGACUACAUGUUCAAGCUGCUCAUCAUCGGAAAUUCUAGUGUAGGAAAAACAAGUUUUCUUUUCCGAUACGCUGAUGACUCGUUUACUUCCGCGUUUGUAUCGACGGUAGGAAUUGAUUUUAAGGUGAAAACGGUUUUUCGACAUGAUAAACGCGUUAAGCUGCAAAUUUGGGAUACUGCCGGACAGGAACGCUACCGCACAAUCACUACUGCUUACUAUCGGGGAGCGAUGGGUUUCAUUCUUAUGUAUGAUAUCACUAACGAGGAGAGUUUCAACUCUGUCCAAGAUUGGGUGACUCAGAUCAAAACCUACUCGUGGGAUAAUGCACAAGUUAUUCUGGUAGGAAACAAAUGCGAUAUGGAAGAUGAACGUGUUAUAUCGUUCGAACGAGGAAAGCAACUUGCUGAUCAGCUUGGGGUUGAGUUCUUCGAAACUUCAGCCAAAGAAAAUGUCAAUGUUAAGAACGUUUUCGAGAGACUGGUGGACAUUAUCUGCGACAAGAUGUCUGAGAGCUUAGACUCUGAUCCAGCCUUGGUUGCCGGCGGCCAAAAAGGACAAAGACUUACAGAUCAGCCCCAAGGUCCACCAAACGCAAAUUGCAACUGCUAAAAACACUUUGUACCGUGAAAUCAACAGUGAGUCGUACUAAACAGACUUACGAAUACAUAAUUACUAGGAUACCCCACAUACUGAGACACAAACGGUAAAGCGCUCCUUUUAUUACUGAAAAUCAAUAUAAAGUACGUGUGAAAAAAGUACGUUACGCACUCGGCAAAUUGCAAACAUUCUUAAAUUGGAGGAAUGGUCACAUGAUUGUUAAGCAGACCUAAUAAUGUUUUGUUGUAUACUACAGCCAUACUCCGAUUUUAUCAUCUCUGAAACAUCACGCAUUUUAUUUCAAGUUUAUUUCUGUAGGAUUAAAAUAAUAAAAAAAAUAUUAUUAUGUAUUUUUUUUCUUCAAUAGAGCGGACAACAGUCCGAUACCUUUGAUUAAGGUUGAUAAAAUCGGAACAUCUCUGUAUUUUGUCGAACAUUGAUUAAAUCUACAAUUUUAUCCAUGUAGCACUGUAUAAAAAACCAUAUGAUGUUGUUUACCAGAUACGCUGAUCUGUUUUGAGCUGUAAUUUGAAGACAAAGUUAAGCUUAGUAUUAUAUCAUGUGAAAUAUAUGAUGCAGGAUACAAACACGAAUAAUUAACGAAUUUAUGUUUAAAAUUGAGCAUAUAAGCUAAUCAGAUAUUGUGAAACGCAUAAUUAUUACACAUGUUGUCAUUCCACAUAGCGAUCAAUAGAACAACAAAGACGGUCUCGAUAUCCAAGAAAGAUUUAUAUGGAACCAGGUAAGAGUGGACUUAAGCGAUACCUUCAUUAUUGCAAAAGGCGACUAAAACGUUAUUGAUUACCACUUUUUUUUCAUUUUCUUCAAACGAAAAGUUAUUUGAUCAGAAGAAAACUAGAUGAUGAUCGAAACCAAAUAAGAAUAUUGAGUAAAUCGAUAUGAAACAAACAAUCUUUGUUUAAUUGAGCGUCAGUGCCAACAACUGGAUCUGUCCGAAAAAUGCGAUGAUCAAAGCUAAUACAGUCAAAUUUCAAAAUAAGUUACUCUACUCGAAAAUAGAGCAAAUAAAUGAAUAUUCUUUAUGGGAUUGAAUUGGAUGUCGAGCUCGAAUAUCCUAUACUAUAUAUUUUCACGGAAAGAACUUAAUGCUUUUCAACAAUGAGGUAAUAAAAUAGAAACAAAAAUCCCUUUGAACCGUACAGUAUUUCUCCUAUCAUUUUUAUGUUUUGCAACAUUUAAAGAAGCUUUGAAUAUAAUUCAGGUGUAGAAAAUAUAUCAGCGUAAAAGAGACGCACUUUGCCAUUAAAAUCUAAACGAUCGAGUUCAUGAACCUAAUUAAAUUUCAUUUUAGAAUAUGUAAUUGCUAAGUUUGUAGACAUAGUUAAAACAGAUUUUUUUAAAUAUUUCCUUAGUUUUGUACUUAUGAUUUCGUUUGAAUUGCCUUUAUUAAUCAAAAUAAUUAUAGUUAGACUAAGUGGUAAAAGUAUGCUUUUUAUCAGCUAAUCAGGCUUAAUAAUCUUACAAUAACUAAUUUCAUCAACUAUGAUUUCGUUAACUAACAAUACCCAAAAUUCAGUCUUUAAGUGAUAAUCCAGUAGAAUUUUGAUUCAACACUGAAAUGAUUUAGUAGAAUUUGAUGUUUCAAAAUUACACGGCAUGUAAAGUAUGUUUUGAAAAUCCUAGCAGAAUGUAUGAGUAUAAAAAGUAUAAAGGUACAGUUUAGUUCUUGACACACACUUGAUCUGGAAACAUAAAUUCCCUGUGUACACAAGAAAAACUUUCCCAAGCAUUUAAGAAUGAAUAGAACAAUUAACGUAUAAACGUAAAAAUGAUCAGACAUAAUUAAAUUACCUUUAUUGUUGUAACAAAACUACAUAUACAUAAUAAAACAAAGAAAUAUAACGAAAUAACGAUUACUCA